AUGAAUCUUCAGACGGUGCCACCGCCAACAGAGUUGCGUCUUCCCGUCCCUGAAUCUUGCCACGGAUUUGCCGCCUCCGACAAUGCCCAACAGAGUCCCGAGGGAACGAAAACGAGGAAGCAGUAUAGAAGGAAGAAGAAAGAUCGGCGGGGUGUGAUUGAAAGGAUUUUGGUGCAUGCAGAACGCGACAGAGAAGAGCUGGAGAUGAGAAUCAAGAUUCAUCGACGGUUGUGGCUUGAUCGAGUUCUUCUCCUCUCGACUUCCUCUUCUUCUUCUUCUUCUUCUUCUUCUUCUUCUUCUUCUUCUUCUUCUUCUUCUUCUUGUGGUGUGAGAGCCGACGACUAG